AUGGUACUAUUUUCGUAUUGUCUGUUAAACUUUGUAAAUCCUGGUGUAGUCCCCUCAUGGUUGGCUGAGAAACCCAUGGAGGACUUUAUACGGGCGGUGUUAAGGAAUAUCAUACGGCAAGGUGGGGAUACUACUAAUAUUACUAAUACUAAUAUUACUAAUACUAAUAUUACUGCAAUCCAUACAGAGAAUCAUAAUAAUAAUGAUGGGACUGUUCUUUCCACAAACACAAACACAACAACAACAGCUAAUACUAAUACUAAUACUAACGGUAUGGGUACGGCAUUCUAUUAUCAACCAUCACCUAUGGAAGAAGUAGUAAAUGCAUCUGUAGAUCAUACAGAGAAUAUAAAUAGGGAAACUAUGGAGGAACAGGAAAUCAUACGGAAUCCUCAUAUAGAGGAGAAUGAUAAGAAUGUGAAUAAAAUACCCGAAGUGACGGAAGUUUCUAUUCAUACGAAUGUCUUAACACAUCAACCGCAACUGCAAUCAGAGGAACAAGAAGUACAAGCACAGGAACCAGAAGAAGUAAAUUCCUCUCAUGAUCAUCGUUGGGCAUUUCAAAAUACAUCAACUCCACUUUGGAUGCCGCAUCGAAAUAUUGCUAUCGUUGCCUCUGAUAUUCUUGCAGCCCUUGACCGCUCUCCUGAGAGUUUUGAAAGGGAAAUGUCAUUUCUCUUGGGUGGGGCAAAACGUUGUCGGUUCUGUCGUGUGUAUAAACUAUCAGAGACACACCAUUGCUCUAGAUGCAAUAUGUGUAUAUAUCAUAUGGAUCAUCACUGUGUUUGGCUUUCACGUUGUAUUGGCUAUAGUAAUCACAAAUACUUCAUUCUCUUUAUUGGAUACUUGUCUCUGGCAUUAGGUUCGGUACCAGUCCAAUUUUUGGUCUGCAGUUCUCAAGAGCGUUGUUAUAUAAAUAGCCCGUUUGACAAUGAUUUGUUUUUUUUUAUUAUUAUUAUUUUCACUUCCUUCUUUAGUCUGGCGCUAUUUGUCUUCUUUUUAGAGAAUCUCUGGUUAUUAUCUCGCGGCGACAGUACACUGCGAGUCAUUCAAGAAGAAGAAAGACAACGUAUACAGACAACACGCCCUCUUGAGACUGGAUAUGCCUAUAUACCGGGGGAAUUGGAGGAUAAUGUUGAUGUCUACGGUGAGGCUGCCAGUCGAUCGUGUUCAUUGCGGAAUAUGCAGAUUGUGUUUGGCGUUGGCCCGGUGUUUCCCGCGUGGUUUCUGCCGGUGCCGCCCGAGCGAUUGCCGUUUCGAUCGCAGGAGACGGCCUUCUGGUCUCGACAGCGGGUGUUGGUGGAAGGGCAACUGCGUAGUGUAGUAGAGAAUAUGGAUAGGGAAGAUGGAGAAGAAGAAGGAGAGAGUAAGUGA